AUGUUGGUAUGUUCAAUUCUGUGCUUUAUCAUCUUCAACAAAACUAAUUCAAGGCUAGGCUAUCUGCUGCUCCUCGCUUCGAUCCCAGUGCUCGUUCUCUUUCAUCUGUCGAUCGCUCCGUACACAAAAGUAGAAGAGUCGUUCCAUAUCCAAGCCAUCCACGACAUAGAGACCUAUGGAAUCCCUACGCACAAUGUCAAGGACGUAUUGCAGGCUGAAUAUGAUCAUUUCACGUUCCCGGGUGCUGUGCCUCGGACGUUCGCCGGUGCAGUCGCUCUCUCUGGUCUCUCGUCGCCGAUUAUCUGGUUGAAGCAUGAUAUCGACCGGCAGUUCGUUGCUCGGGCAAUCCUAGGAUUGUUCAAUGCAUCCUCACUUCUUUACUUUGCCAGCAGUUUGCGCCGCACGGCUGGGAGAGCCACUGCUAUCUGGUACCUGCUGUUUCAAGCCAGUCAGUUCCACGUUCUAUACUAUGCAUCGCGGACCUUAUCCAAUAUGUUCGCGUUUGGUAUGACCACCUUCGCUCUGGCAUCUCUCCUCCCAGAACCUGUGAGCUCAGCCACGUAUCGCAAGCGAAGCAGGGUUGCUCUGUACCUGAUCACAAUCGCGGGUAUUGUCUUCCGCGCUGAGCUGGCGCUGUUCCUGGCAACGCAUACCCUCUUCCUUCUUGCUUCCGGACGCAUCAGCAUUCAGCGUGAGAUCAUUCCUGCCGGCGCUCUGGGCCUUGUCCUUGGUCAAGCCAUCACACUCCCAAUAGACUCAUUCUUCUGGCAGCAAUAUCCCCUCUGGCCAGAAUUCACAGCAUUUAAGUUCAAUGUAGUCGCCGGCCAGGCUUCCGCUUGGGGCACGCAUCCAUGGCACUACUACUUCACCAACGCGCUGCCCCGUCUCCUCCUCAACCCCCUAACCUACCUCAUCGGUAUCCCUAUAUCCCUGCUGCAACCUGCAACCCGUGGCAUCGCCACAUCCAUCCUCAUCCCAUCACUCGCCUAUAUCGCCAUUUAUUCCAUCCAACCACACAAGGAAUGGCGAUUCAUUGUCUACUCAAUUCCAUCUUUAACAGCUGCCGCCGCGCUAGGUACGUCAUAUAUCUGGACGCACAGGACUAAAUCCUUCAUCUACCGCUUCCUGUCGCUGGGAAUGAUUGUCUCAACACUCUUUUCUUUCCUAUUGUCAUCAUUUGCACUCCUUCCAGCAUCAUCAGCAAACUACCCCGGCGCACACGCCCUCAACGCCCUCCACAAUCACGUCCUCAGCGCAGCGCCGAAAAGCGCGCGCGGACAGCAUGAACCAAUUACUGUCUCUGUGCACCUAGGAAAUCUCGCCUGUCAAACAGGCGUCACGCGUUUUCUCCAACUCUCCGAUGAUCGCAGCAAACAACAAGGAUCCAAUAUUUCAUCCACAAUAUCAUGGUCGUACGAUAAAUCCCCACCUCCCGCAUCCCUUUCCGCAAUGCAAACCUUCUGGUCCCGUUUUGAUUACGUCCUUCUCGAACCCCACGAAGCAGAGACCCUCCUCUCCCUCUCCGGCUCCCCGACCGAGUACGCGUACUCACAGAGCUAUGCGUGGGAAACCGUUGACUCAGUCACAGGGUUUGCGGGACUGCAUGUUCUGAGACCCGGUGAGGAGGCCAGCGGUGGUGUAGAGGAGGGCAUAUUAAAGUGGCUUUUUGGAAGGAAAGUAAAUGAGUGGGGGAUUUUGCACUCCUGGAGGAAGAUUAGGGAGGGUAUUCGGGAGAGCGUUUCGAAAGGUUGGUGGGUUGAAGUCAAGAUGAAGGAGAAAAUUAGAAUUCUGGGGAGGGUAAGAUAG